UCCAAAGUGAAGCGCAUUUACGUAAGUGAAGAAGCUUUCUUCUUCGUCUUCCUUCUCCGUUCUCUCAAAUUUCCGGUUCCGGUGAGAGGCAAAGAAAAGGAGCCAAUUGAGGCUCUGAAAUGUAUAUGAUAUUUUGGAAUCUGCUUAUCGACGGCGAGGAAGUGACGGUGCGGGAGUGGGAGAAGGAGAGAUAAAGGAAGAUCCGAUUUGAGUUUCGAAUUCAAAAAAUUCAAAAUCCUUUCACAUCUUUUUAUUCAAAUCAAAUCAUCCUUUUCCGGAGUUUGUCAGAUCUUCCGUAAUAUUAUCAGACACAAGAAGAACGAUCGAUUCGAACAUCCGGAGAGAAUAUUCUAGACAAGCAAAUACCGCGCGGAUCUUGUUGAUUCUGAAUUUCUGUGGCGGCUGGAGCAGAAUCAACAAUGGCGGCGAAAGUGACGAAGGUGAUCGCAAGCAUCGAGCAAUCGAUUCCGGUGACGCAGCACAACGCUCAAGUCAUCGACGUGGAGUCAAUAAAAUGCGAGUGUUGUGGAUUGACAGAGGAGUGUACUCCAGCGUACAUCGCUCGAGUGCGCGAGAGGUAUGAAGGGCGUUGGAUUUGUGGACUCUGUGCGGAGGCUGUGAAGGACGAAUCUAUCAGAUCUCAGAGCAAAAUUACCACCGGUGAAGCGGUGAAGAGGCACAUGAAGUUUCACAAAGCAUUCAAAUCUUCAAUUCCGCCGGUGAAUCCGACUGAGGAUUUGAUUUCGGCUAUGAAACAGCUUUUCCGUCGCUCUCUGGACUCUCCAAAGAAAGACGCCUCGCGAUCGCUUGGCCGUUCAAAUAGCUGUUUCUCCUCCAUGCCGAGGCGGCGAAGUCAUUACGAUUAGACGCUAACCGCCAUUCACAGGCGGUAAAAUUAAAUAAAAGAACGCCACAUCUCUUUGGAUGUUAGUUUAAUAAAUUUCGAGUACUCUGUAAAAAAAUUUCUUGGCCUUUUUCUUUUGAUUCUGUCUUGCAUAUUUUUCUUCAGAAAAUUCUACAACUGAUUACCAAUCUCGGAAGAGAUUUUGAA